AUGAAUCGAGGGGGCACGGGUUCGUCGCGCCGGACGGGUUCCAUGGCCAGUCGCCCUGUUGUCGAUGAGGACGAGGCCCGAAGUUUCGCCCUGCGAUCAGCAUACCUGCAUUACCUCUUGCAGCCCAAGGCCAAAAGGAAACAGUAUGUCGCCGCAUCGAAACCGACCGCUCGAUCGCAAACAAGUGUUGGGCAGCUUGUCCAAGAGUAUGGUUCUGGGAGUGCGUCUAGCUUGAAGUUGCCUCAUAGCUUUGCAAAUCCUCUGAUCGAAAGGGUGGGCGGUGUCCUUCGAGGGAGCGAACGCUUACCCGGCUUCAACGACGCGGCAGUCAAGAGGAGUUUCGCCGAGGCCUAUAUGGCAUUUUCAGAAAAGAACUUCCGCAAGACGAUUGAUAAGGAGAGAAAAUUUGAGCCCCUGGUGCUCAUCUUCUACUCCCAAGCUACCAAAGCAGCACAGAAGGGGCGUGCACCUGACGACGAUUCAUGGAAGCUACUUCCCGACCGCCAUCUGGCGCUCUUCGUUAGAUUAGCCGUGCAGGUUCUGAAAGAUCAAGGUCAUGAUCGCGAUCGCCCAGAGCUUUUGGCGAGACUCAAAACUCUUGAGAAUAAGCUGUUGACGAAUGACCAGGAUCUGGUGGGGGGCGGUUCAGAUGGCGGUGGCACCACUGUCGAAGUCGUCGUUCCCUUGAGUUAUGAUGUCAAGGAUAUGCACCUUGUGCAAGUGGUUGCGCACAUGUUCGGGCUCGGCAUGUCUCAGGCACAGGCCGAAAUAGAUGCGAACCGCAAGGUAUGGACCGAGGAAGCGGCUUUGAAGGAUCUAAAAGCCUACCAGCUGCGCUUGAGUUCCAAUCUCGGCGGCACUCUUUCUCCCCAGGAUUUUGAUCUUGACGAGUCUUAUGAUGAGUGGAAGAAGUCAGAGGCCCCCCAUCUAUCCCAAAUGAUGCUGGAUAUUCUGACUGCUAAGCCCACUUUGGCCAAGACCUCGACUGCUCCGGUGUCUGGUCGACCACAAUCCGUAUAUGGAAUUGAUCAUUCCCACGAUUCUUCCCAUGAUGACUCCGCCUUGAGCCUCGCGUCUCUGAACAUCGGGGACUCCACUAGCAUUCGGACCGUGGAUGAUGCCAUUUACACCUUCAUCCCACCUAAUCCGAGAGCCUUUUUCAAGUAUAUUCUACAGCAGGCCAUGUCUUUUGACGUACUCCACGCAGACCCCGAGGCAGACUAUCAACCACUUUCGAAACAAUCCAUAGAGCUUUUGACUGAGUUGUGUGUAAGAUGGCGUAUCCCGCAGUCUUCUCGCCUGAUUGCCCUUUUGGAAGUAGCUGUGCGCAAAUACCGGGAGCAGGAGCUUGGCGCUGAGGAGUUGGACGCUGUUUUUGAUUUCAUAAAGGGUCCCCAGCCAGAGCUAAAGAAGGUGCCCCAUCUCCAUCACCAUUCGACUCCAUUGUCAGAAAUCGACCCCAGCCGAUGGACACUUCAAGACCUCGCCGCCUACCGCCGUACUUUGCACACGGUCUAUGAGUCUCUCCUGAUCGAGCUUUAUAACCUUCUAGAAAGAUGCUACGACACAAAGGCUCCUAACAUCGCCCCCGUCAUGUUCAUUCUUGAAAACCAUCUAGCUAGCGACCCUUCAUUUAGCCCCAACCCAGAGUCUGAGCAGAAAUUUGCUGAGCAGCUCACCCAAACCCUCCGCCAGAGAGCAAUGGAUGUCUAUCGUGAAUACAUGGAGAAGGAGCUCCCAGCGCAAAAGGAGAACUGGGACUUUGCCCAUGUUGUGAAGUUAGGCAAAACUGUCACCAAGCUCUGCGAGAGGAUAAGAAAGCGAUAUAGAAAGAUGCCCGAAAUUAUGGGUGUAAACUCCCUCGCUAUCUUGGUCCAGGAAGUUUUCCCCAGCUUUGAAGAAGACGCCAACGCCAUCAUCAUUUCCAUUAUGCAGCAGGUCCACGACGAGGGCUUGGAGAUUGGAAUGGAAGAUGGCUUUGAGCUAUACAAGGAACUGGUAGAGCUUCGAAACAUCCACCGCGAAUCACUCCCCCCCGACCAGCCCUUUGCCUUUGACAUUGAGUAUCUGCUCGUUGGCUUCGUGUGGCGCUGGAUUGAUAACGCAGAAUCAAAAGUAGAGACUUUUGUUGAGGAAGCCAUUAAACAGGAUCAGUUCCAGGUUCGUACCGAGCACCCAGAUAACAUCCCAGAUGAUUCAGAACGGCACAGUGUUUCGAUCAUUGAUCUUUUCAUGCUCUUCAACCAAAGUCUUAACCAGAUUCUGUCCUUGGAAUGGGGCAAUGACGAGGAUCAUGCCAGGUUCAUGACUGCUCUGGGAAAGACAUUCUCUGCAGGACUUGGUAGGUACUGCGAGAUCGUGGACCAGCGAUUCAAUCAUGAGAUGGAUCGUCCCUCCGCUGAGGAGCUGGCUGCCCAGAACAAGUCCACACAGGAGAAAUGGAUGCAGUAUGCCAAGGAUGCCUGGAACAACAAGGAAAAAGCCGAGCCCUUCCAAUUCUACCCCGAGUCCUUUGUCAAGCUCAAUAACAUCGAGUAUGCAAUGCAAGAAUUGGAUAAGCUAGAAAAGACGAUGAAUGUCGACGCUUGUGCGGCCCUAAUAGGGAAGGUGGAAAAACCGAAGAAAUCAAGCAAGUACACAUUUACUAUCAAGGUCAUAGAGGCAGAAGAUCUUAAGGCUUGCGAUGCGAAUGGGUAUAGUGACCCCUAUGUCGUAUUCGGAGACGAGUAUCAGAAGCGCCUUUACAAGACUCGCAUCAUUCCCGCGAAUCUCAACCCACGCUGGGAUGAAUCUUUCGAUGUCACUGUGCAAGGGCCGGUAAACGUAAUUGCAACAAUCUGGGAUUACGACACGUUCGGUGACCACGACUACGUCGGUAGGACGUCUAUCAAGCUCGACCCUGUCCACUUCAGCGAUUAUCUCCCCAGAGAAUUCUGGCUGGACCUUGACUCGCAGGGCCGUCUGCUCAUCCGAGUGAGUAUGGAGGGAGAACGUGACGACAUUCAGUUCCACUUCGGCAAGGCGUUCAGACAUCUGAAGCGAACCGAAAGGGACAUGGUCAGGAAAAUCACAGACAAGAUGACUGCUCAGAUAGGUUUGACUCUGUCUCACAACACCUUGCGUGCCCUUCUCGGCACAAACGGUAUCGCGGCCUCAGUGACCGGUCUCUGGAGGAAACGCUCCUCAACUGUCACCGCACUUCAACCAACCCAAGUUGAUGCCGUGCUAGAGCCGCUAUUGGACUAUUUUAAUGACAACUUUGCCAUCAUGAAACAGACGCUGACAGAUGCAACCAUGCUUGCGGUCAUGCAACGUCUUUGGAAGGAAACACUGAUGGCUGUCGAAUCGCUCCUUGUUCCCCCACUAUCAGAGAAGCCUUCUACAGAGAAGCCGUUGACACGGCAAGAGCUCGAUGUGGUGUAUCGCUGGCUCGAUACACUGUUCAAGUUCUUCAACUCCAAAGAUGAGGAGUCAGGCGAGCAACUGGGAGUUCCCGCCGAGGUCCUCAAGUCGCCUAAGUGGCACGAACUAGCGUCGUUGAACUUCUUUUAUUUCGAAAGCACACCCAGUCUGAUCCGCGAAUCGGAACGCAUGGCAGCCGCGACCGCCCAGCGCGCCCAACAGGCUCUUCUACAGCAGGGUUCGUCGAACCGUCUAGCACCACCCUCAGCGCUCGGAGCAUCGGUGGGAGGCGCCGGAGCGUUUGCCAGCAUGGGCACCAUCCGUCGCGGGAAGAGUGUCAUGAUGAGCCGCAACCUGGGAACGAUGCGGAAGGCCAAGGAGGCAAAGAGGCGGGAGGCCCAGGCGGAUCCAAGCGAUGAUAUGAUCCUGCGCAUUCUCCGCAUGCGCCCAGAAGCGGCCGGGUACCUCAAAGAGCGUCACAGGCAGAAGGAGAGGGCGGCUGCCACAGCGGCCGCUGCUCUCAUCGUCAAGAACAGUGUAAGUCAAGGGUUUGGUGGUGGGCAGUUUGGGAGAAACAGCCUACUACCCAGGCGGUAG